UAAAGUCACGAACAUUUCAUCAGACCCGUGUCAUCGACUUUCAGUUCUAUUGUUGAGUUGUCGGAAAAUUUUUCGCGUAAAAACAUUAAUUUAAGAGUUAAUAUCUGAAAAUUUCUUGUAAGUACGCCCGGAAGAUAAGUUUGCCAGGUUUUUAUCACCCUUUUCUUGUUUCUUCUGACUGUGGAGCGAAAACUGCGAUUGAUUUUGCAACAAUGGUGGAUACCAAGGGAGUUUCCAGUUCAAUUUCAUUUUCUUCGACGGAUCCAGAAAGCAGCUGUGAUGAGUCAGUGGAUGUAUCGUAUUUUGAACAAUUAUUGAACGGAGAAGGAAUGUCCAUCGGAAAGGAUGGCACGGAGGCUGUGGGGACCCGUAGUUCAAGCCGUCUGCACGAGAAACGUUUGGAAACGUUGACAAACGAUUCGAAGGGUGUUCGCAGUAAAUCGAGUAGUUUGGAAAAACUUCCAACAAGGCGGCCUGAUCCGAACACAUCGAACAGGAACGCUUUGAUGGCGCGAGAGAAUCGGCGCAAGAAGAAGGAGUACUUGACUAAGCUGGAGGAGGAAGUUGAUGAAUACAAAAGCGAGAACAAAAAACUACGGAAAAUACUCAAGCAGCAAUUUAAAAUGGCUGAAAAACUCAAGCAUGAAAAAGAUUAUCUACGCAACGUAUUAGCUAAUCAGACGCAAAUCACAUCACUGUUGAACUUGUUCAAAAAUCAGUCGAAUGCUUCCCAAAGCACGGCUUCAUCUCCAGCACUGUCCACGACAUCGUCAGCGCAGCGGGACCUGCUAGGCAGUGAUUUCGACUUCCCAGACAGUUUCGAUGAAUCACUACUGCCCAAGGAAACGGACGACUUCUUUAAAUACAUUCCUGAUCAGAACGAUCUCAGUUUGCACAAUAAUCUCAUCGGCGAUCACAAUUACACGAGUGGAAACAAAUCCGAUGCAGGCGUGUGUCUCCACGUCUGCGGAAGUCACCUCUCACUGGAGUUUUGCGUGAAUUGCAGCGACAGUGCAAGAAGAUCUUGGGCGGAGUAGGAGGCGCACGAUUAGAUGACUACAGUAUGUUAUUUUUAAGAUCUAGGAUUAAUGGACUUUGUAAAAUCGCUAAAUUCUUUCCUUGUUCAGUUUGAGAGCGCAAUAAUGUUUGAUAGGUUAAUGAUUCGUUAGUAGGAGGUGAAAGAAAGCAAUUGAGAGAUUCACCGCUGAAUACACGCUGCAUCGUAUCGGACAGAACACUGGGCGCGAAUGUGAAAGAGCGUGUAUGGCUGUUGUCGCGGCUAUUGGAAGCUUGUACGUAUAUGAGGCGGGAGAAGCGCUUUUCACUGAGAGUAUAAAUUGUAUCGUUCCGAGAAUGAGUCGAAACCUCGUCUAGAUUGUAUCCGGCAAAAGAUGAUAUUAUCAUCAAUUGCUGGAUGCACUUGUUGACUAAAAGAAAAGAAUCACAUUAAACUUUCUUUUGUGUUUGUUGUAAGUUUCAGAUGUUUGCAGCAACGAAGCCAAACGUUAUUCACGACAAUUACGCUUUCUACUCCUUCGCCUCAAACCAGUUAAAAGUUGAUAAUUUGUCAAAGGAAAGAAUUCGGUUGGUUACUCCCUUUGCCAAAUUUAGGUUUUGAGUACGAGAUUAUGUUUCUUUGAUAGCACCACGGUGAACCUAAUUAAUCAUAUUGAUUUGUUGCAUGCGAUUGUACUCAGAAGCUAAAUUGGCAAUCACAUAUAAUAUUUGUAAGGAAUAUGUAUACCCUAGGAUAAACACACAUAAUUUUAUAGAAUAAAAAAAUGAAUUCAGCAUCCAUAAA